CAGACAUGGCCCGAAGCCCUGCAAGGCUGGCUGCAGCAGCUCCCUGACCCUCAGAGGAAAGCCCCGGCUGGGUGAGCGGCACCUGUCCCCCACAGCCAUGCAUGCUGGCUGCCGUGCCACGUCUCCCUUGUCGCGAGGCCCAAGAUGACACCCAACAGCACCGGGCAGGUGACCAGCCCCAUUCCUGUGGGGGCCCUGGGGCUCUCCAUGACCCUGGCAAGCCUCAUCGUUGCUGCCAACUUGCUCCUGGCCGUGGGCAUCGCCCGGGACCCCCGCCUGCGCAGCCCACCUGCCGGCUGCUUCUUCCUGAGCCUGCUGCUGGCCGGGCUGCUGACAGGGCUGGCGCUGCCCAUGCUGCCGGGGCUAUGGAGCCAGAGCCGCCGGGGCUACUGGCCCUGCCUCCUCCUGUACCUGGCCCCCAACUUCUCCUUCCUCUCCCUGCUCGCCAACCUCCUGCUGGUGCACGGGGAGCGCUACAUGGCAGUGCUGCGGCCCCUGAGGCCCCGGGGGAGCACCCGGCUGGCCCUGCUCCUCACCUGGGCCGGGCCCCUACUCUUUGCCAGCCUGCCUGUACUGGGGUGGAACCACUGGGUCCCCGGUGCCAACUGCAGCUCCCAGACCAUCUUCCCGGCACCCUACCUCUACCUCGAAGUCUAUGGGCUCCUGCUGCCGGCCGUGGGUGCUGCUGCCCUGCUCUCUGUCCGCGUGUUGGUCACUGCCCACCGCCAGCUGCAGGACAUCCAGCGGCUGGAGCGGGCUGUGUGCCGCGGUGCACCCUCAGCCCUGGCCCGGGCCCUCACCUGGAGGCAGGCAAGAGCACAGGCAGGAGCCACACUGCUCUUCGGGCUCUGCUGGGGGCCCUAUGUGGCCACACUGCUCCUCUCGGUCCUGGCCUACGAGCAGCGCCCACCGCUGGGGCCUGGAACUCUGCUGUCCCUAAUCUCGCUGGGCAGCGCCAGCGCGGCGGCAGUGCCUGUGGCCAUGGGGCUGGGUGAUCAGCGCUACACAGCCCCCUGGAGGGCAGCUGCCCGAAGGUGGCUGCGGGGCCCGCAGGGAAGAGCCACCGAGGGCAGUCCCCACCCCAGCACUGCCUACCACACUAGCAGCCAAAGCAGCGUUGAACUGGACCUGAGCUAGUCCUCUGUGUGCUCUGACUAGAUGCAUCUGUCCAUCUCUGCCACCCAGCCCCUCUCCCCCUUGUCCCCACUCCUCAGGCAGAGACCCUGCCCAUAUCUGGCCCUUCCCUGGCUGAAUAAAGCUCCU